AUCAUUUGUGUAUGUUCUAUUUACCUUCAUGAGGGCGCCACUUAUUUGCCGGGCUCCUUUGACGUUUACCGUGGACAAAGUUGUUCGUAGUAUAUGCGGUACAUCAUUGCAGGGGUCCGGCAUGUUUUUAUCCAUGCGUACAGAGAGGCUGGCGCAUCUUUUGCUGAUUGAUUUCAUCCUUUUCGUUGGCGUUUUUGUUGUUGCAGAGAAGUAACAACACUUCGAUAUACCUUGUAGCUAUUUAGCACUGCUACAUACGGCUGUUGUCAAAUGACAUGGCGCACAACAAGAUAGCAGGUUCUUGUGGUUGAGGCUUUGUAGUUUUUGAAGGUUGCUUCGUUUGGUUGGUUCUUCUCGAUAGCGUAGGUGGUGGGGACCAUAUGUGCGUACAUCAUGAACAGGCGGCGGAACUUGAGGGAUAUUCGGAUAUUCCCAUCAUCCGGGGGGUUGGGCGGGGGGGUUGCUCGUUGCUUAAGGUUGUGUCGUGUGGGUUCAUGGCAGUGGCGAGCGAUGUGCGCCCCCUGCGGUUGGCUGCGCGUGCUGAUUUGUUUUUGCUUCUUUCCGACCGGGCUGCAAUCAACAACAGAGAGAGGUCGUUCGUUUACUCCGUAUUUCCGUUACCUCACAAAAUAUUGCUUUUCUUUGUUCCUGUUGAGACGUACAUAUAUGCAUAUGCGUAUCAGAACAGGCACCGUGUGCUUUUGACGCAACGGGAAACGGCACAUGGAUAUUUUCGUUCCUCUUGUCCUUCUUAUGUUCUUGAUCCUUCGCUUACCUAAUUAUGUAAGCCUUGGGUGUCCUCCAUCUACUGCUGUCUGAUGUUGUCAUUGUUCUCCACGUGUAUGCACACCGGGCGUUAUAUUUUCGAAGUAAGUGUUGUUUUCUCUUUUUGUUUCGCUCAAGCUCGAGGGGGAAGUCUCUCUCGCGUGUCGAUCUUGGAACGGGAUUAAUUAUUCUCAGGGAAAUCUUAUUUCUGAGAAGGAUCGAUCGCGGCUGGCUUUUACAGCGGCGUGUUGUGUGCAAAAGAUUGUUGUGUCUUUUACGGGUCCGGGUCGGCUUGUUUGGCCAAAAGAGAAUAUUACGCUGAGGGAAGGAGACGAGUGAAGGCGGACGCCAAGCGGGGCGGGUUGCCUGCCCACUUGCCUGGUUCAGCGCCUACUUACAACAUCUGUAGAAAAGAGUGUUAUUUCCUGAUUUACGCGCAUGGUAAUGGCGGGAUUGGCGCAGAAUAUACCACAACAACAUAGUAGUAGUCGGUGUGAAAUACGCUGCUAUUGUACCAAGUUGUUUGCGCUGUGUUAAGGGUAGGCGGUGAAACAUCAAGAAUGACGGAGUGCCGACGUAGUAUAGGCAGGGAUGAGACUAACAUCAGACAACCACCACGUCAAGUGUUAGACUGUAAUACGG